AUGAUUCUAGCAAAGAGAGUAUAUAGGAUAGAGGGGGCGGCUUUCUCGUUCAUCUAUAAUACCUUAAAAGAUGGAGGUAGCUGCCUCCUUAUCUUUCUCGGGCGAUACCCCAUUUACGAUGUAUAUCGCACACUCGCGCGCAGGGAGAAGUGGGCUGAACACCUUAAACAUGUUGAGACCUUCACGUCACCAUAUCACGAUUCUCAGGACCCCAAGAAUGACGUGAGAAAUGUAAUGGAUUCAAUUGGAUUCAAAAAAAUAGAAGUGAAUGUAAUUGAUAACACGCAUAGAUAUGACGAUGCUUAUACUUUCAAAUGCUUGGUCAAGGCUAUCAACCCCUUUAGUGCUCUCAACGAAAGAUGGGACGAAUUUAUGAAAGACUACUUUGAGGUGGCUCCAAACGCUAUAAAAAUUGACUACCAACUGAUUGUAGCCUACGGCAUAAAAUAAUUGCCUACACGAUUGAAUAACAUUUUGUUCUAACGAGAAAUCAUAGGUGUAAUAUAACAGUGUUUUUUAGUAAUAAGUGGUACCUAGUGUACAUACCUACCUAUAUUUUUUAGGUAUGUACCUAUAUAAUUAUGUUUUUAUAAGAACGUUGUUGAGAUGUUUAAGUUAAAAACAUGUUUUUGGCAGUGGAAUAGGGUUACAGAAGGUCAUGGUUGUAUAUGAUACCAGUCACCAGUCACCAGAGAGCAUUGACUUAAUCUACAAAUUUUUAUACCUACAACGCCGCGUUCCUUUAAACAUGUGUUCUUACUAUUUUCGAUGAGUAAGACUGACAUUCGAUUGUAAUUUUUUUUAAUUGUAAGCCUGUUAAAGGGUUAAAUCGUCUGCUGCCUUGAUAGGGGGUAAGUCUAAAGGUCAAUAUAGGUACUCUGACACACCCAUUUUGUCAGUAGCCAAAAAGCCUCAGAAUCAGAAUCAGAAUUGUUUAUUGCACUCAUAUUAGUAUACAGUUCUUAAAACUACUUAAUACAGUUCCACAUGAACCCUGUAAGGGUAUAGCAAUAUACUUAACACUAACUUAUGAGAUAACAUGCAUCAUAGGCAUAAGGCAAUUCCUAAGAACUAGUGUAUAAUUUAUAAUGGUCUUAACUCUUGUGACCUUUUUUCCAAACUUUUAUCAGUGCCGGUAACGUUAUUCGUCCAUCGUUAAAAAAAUCUUUUAAUGUGUAGUAUGCUUUUUUUACUAGGUAAGUUUUUAUAUAUACACAGUUUUUAUUGCAUUUUUAAAGUUUCUUUUAUUUCGUUUGGGAUUUUAUUAUAUAUGUUUAUGGCCAUGCCAAAGGGGCCUUUAUGAAUCAUCUGCAGAGUAGAGUUUGGUGUGGCUAGUCUAGUUUUAGGUCGUAGGUGGGUCGAUCGCGAGUAUUGGGGAAAGAGGUUUCCAUUAUUAUUCUUUACGAAUAGACACACUUCCAGUUUGCACAUGGAGUCAGGAUUCUUAACUUUAUGAAUUAAGGUUUGCAGCGUUUCAGUUGAUGAAUGUUCACAAGGAUCCUAACACAGUGUUUUUGUAAUAAAAAAAAGAUUGUUCACACUUGGACUAUUUCCCCACAGUAUAAUUCCAUAUUGUAACCAAGAGUGAGCAUAGGCGUAGUAUGCAUUUGUGGCUGUUUUUAUGUCAGUACAUUUUUUUAGGUGAUAUAGUGCGUAAAUGAAGCUAAAUGAAGAGUAAUUAAUGUUUAAUGUUCGCUUUUGGAAAGGUUUAAAUUGUAUAAUAUUCGUUUUUUCGUAAUUUAGUUGUAAGUUGUGGUCGCUGAGCCAGGUUAUAACUUCUUCUAGGGUAGAGUUUAAAUCAUCACUGUUCAAAUUUUAUUCGUUUUCGCACGAUAUAACAAAAGAAAUAUCGUCAGCAAAUAAGGUACAUGGGCUAUUUAUUAUUUUGGGUAAAUCAUUUAUGUAGAUCAGAAAUAAAAUACACCCAAGGACGCUUCCCUGGGGUAUCGAUUGGUUUACUUUUGUUAUAUGUGAUUGGAGAUUGGACAUAGUUUAUUGUAUCAGUGUGUGAUUGUGUUGCUCUAUUUCGACAUACUGUACACGGUUUGAGAGGUAUGAAGAAAACCAGUCAUGAGCAUUUCCUCUUAUGCCUAUAUAUUUUAGUUUUUUUAAUAAUAUGUUAUACUUAACUCGGUUGUAAGCCUUGCUCAUAUCUAAUAAAACGCCUAUAGCGUAUUUUCUUUCAUUAAUUAUAUUUAGUACCUACUUCUCGAACAAACUUGUCUGGUACACUGCUAUGGUUGUAGAUCGCUUCUCUCGGAACGGAAGCCGUAUUGAGCAUCGUCAGCCUCGAAAUUAAAAUGUUCUAUGGGAGGACAACCCAUCGCGCCUACAUUUUUUUUAAAUUUGCCGCC